AUGGCUUUCAUGUUUUUGGGAGCAAUCUUUUUGUUCUUCAUUUACUUCUCUAAUUGUGGUGCUGAGCUUCUAACAGCACUCCCAGGACAACCCACUAACGUUACAUUUAAGCAAUACUCAGGCUACAUCGUGACAAAUGCUCAACAUGGCCGAGCUUUAUUCUACUACUUUGUGGAAGCCGAAUCAGGCCCUGGCUGUUCUCCACUUGGUGUUGGUGCAUUCAUGGAAAAUGGCCCAUUUCAAGUUGGGGAGAAUGGAUUGCUAGUCAGGAAUUACUAUUCUUGGAAUUCAGGGCACUACAUUCCACAACUUGCAGCAUUGUUGCUUGAGCAUAAUCAGAAGCCAAACAUUAGAUCCAUCAAGCUCAAAUCAAUUGCUCUUGGAAAUCCACUUUUAGACCUAGAUAUAAGUGUACUUGCUGGUAAUUAUUUGUGGUCACAUGGUGCAAUAUCAGAUGACACAUUAUCUUUGGAGAAUAGGGUUUGUAAUGACUCAAGUGGACAGAUUGGUAUGAGGAAAACCAAAGGAGACCCCUGCCUACCACUCAGAAUCCUUACAUAUCUAAACAAACCUCAAGUUCAGAAGGCUCUGCAUGCCAACACAACUAACCUCCCGUACUCUUGGGACUUUUGUGGAGGCGAGUAUCAAUACGAUAACUUCAACAUAAACCUCUUACCUCUCCUCUCAGACCUUUUGAAGGAAUGUAUUCCCAUCUCGCUUUACAGUGGAGACCAAGAUUCAAAAAUCCCACUCACCCAAACAAGGAUUAUUGCUAAUCAUCUUGCGAACGAGUUGAAGCUAAGCACCUUCACGGAAUAUCGCCCGUGGUAUGACAAGAAACAGGUUGGAGGAUGGUCUCAACCAUUUGGUGGCAUGAGAGAAGGGAAGAAUGUAACAUUUCUUACAUACACCACCGUUAGAGGUGCAGCCCAUGAAGUCCCGUUCACAUCGCUGUCGCAAGCCCUUACAUUGUUCCGGUCAUUUCUAAAUGGGUCCCAACUACCUAGGCCCCAUGACUGA